AUGGACUUCACAAACGGCACCAAUGGCCACACAAAUGGUGUCAACGGCCACCACGAAGCCACCGAGCCCCUCAAGAUAACGAUAUGCGGUGCCGGCAUCGGCGGCCUCAGCGCAGCAAUAUUCUUGCGCCAACGCGGACACAAGGUGACUCUUCUCGAAGCCUCGCGCUUCUCCAACGAACUCGGCGCAGCCGUGCACCUUGCGCCCAACGCCAACGGUCUUCUCAGGCGUAUGGGUCUCAUCCCCGAAGCCCAUGGCGCGAUAACAUGCAAGCUCCUGACACAGCUCUUUCCGAACGGAAAAGAGAUGUUUACUGUUCCCCUAGAGAAGGAUGCGGGUCGGUGGCAGCACCCGUGGCAACUUGCGCAUCGCGUGAGUCUGCACAGUGAAUUGAAGAGGCUGGCUACGUGUGAGGAAGGGAAGGGUACGCCAGCGGAUUUAAGACUGAGGAGUAAGGUUGUGGAUGUCGAUGCCAAAGCCGGUGUUGUUACGCUAGAAGAUGGAAGUACGAUCGAGAGUGAUGUCGUUGUUGGAGCAGAUGGCGUACAUUCGAAAACACGACCACGGAUUCCAGGCGCGGAGAAUAUCAAGACGUUUGGAAGUGGCAAGUCAGCAUUCAGGUUUCUGAUUCCGAGACAGAGGGCGCUGGAUGAAGAAAUGACGCGUAAGUUUGCGGAAAACGAAGGCCAUCUCAUUAUGAUCUUUGCGAGGGAUAGGAGGGUUGUUGUGUAUCCGACGAGCGAUAACACGUUGUUGAAUUUUGUCUGUAUCCAUCCGACAAGCGAGAGCCAAAUCGGCCCUCAAGAGCCUGGAAGUAGCGAUUGGCAGAACCAGGGUAAUUUGAACAAGAUGUUGGAGGUUUACAAGGACUUUGAGCCGGCGGUGCUCAAGCUGCUGAGUAUGGCGGAUGAGGAGACGUUGAAGGUAUGGGAGCUGUUGGAUAUGGAGCAGCUGCCAACUUGGACGGAUCAGAAGUUGGUCUUGAUUGGCGAUGCUGCGCAUCCUUUUACCCCUCACCAAGGACAAGGAGCAGGCCAAGCCAUCGAAGACGCUGCAUCCCUCGCAGUUAUGCUUCCCCUAGGCACACCCCUAGACUCCAUUCCCGCGCGACUGAAACUCUACGAGAAGUGCAGGUACGAGCGCGCAUCUGCUAUCCAAGAAUACUCCCGCCUAUCAGGAAAAGAUCUGGGCAGCGGUCCACCCGUCGACCCGCAAAAGUUCACAAACUACAACUUCGGCCACGACGAAUGGGACUACUCCAGCCAGAUGCUCCGUAAAUGGGAGUGGGAGAACAAGAAAGGUCUGUUUUGGCGGAUGCCCACGGCCUUUGGUCCUAUGCCAGGGCCAAGACAGGAUUUCCUUGGUAGACCGAGAGACGGAUCGAAAGCUACGUUCAAGACUGCUAGUAUCAAGUUCAAGACGAGCAGGACAGUGCUGGAGAACCUCUUGCCUACGGAGAAGUUGAGAUUUGCUGCCCCGAAUACUACUGCAUAUGCGACGUUUGCUGUGACGCAGCUGGACAAUCUGGACUGGCUUGGUGGCAGGGGGUACAGUCAUUUCGGAUUGUACAUCCACGGCAUUCAGCACACAAACGCCAGUGGAGAGACAGUGACAGGCACCUAUCUGCCCGUCCUAUUCGAGAACCUGGCUGACCCCAUACUGAGUGGCAGAGAAGAGCUAGGUUUCCCCAAGCUCUUCGCCGAGCUCAACCUGAAGAAGGACCACAGCAACUGGGCGCUUGACGCGGGCUGGAUGUCAUCGAAGUUCUGCAGCAUGUCGCUCUCGGGUCUACAAGAGGUUUCGGCGACAGACGAUGCAGCGCCGGCACCAUUUCCUCCUCUUCCAAAAGAUGAGGGCUUGUUGUUCCAUAAGUAUGUUCCCGCUACUGGUAGUACAGGAAGCAAGGAGCGUGGGCAGGCAGACGUGGAGUACACAGCGUUCCUGCCAGGUGAGGAGGACGCGAGGACCGUGGAGAAGAAGGUUGAGCGUACGUUGAAGGCAAGUUCAGCCGAAAUCGCUUUCGAUGCCCUUGACUGGAAGGCCUUGCCAACACUGCAUCACAUCGUCGAGAGACUGCAGGAAGUGCCAGUGUAUGAAGUUGUCGAAGCCAAGGUAGUUGAAGGUACUGGAGUGAGCGACGUGAGCUCGGUAUGUAAGUUAGCAUGA